ACAGUGGAACGAGCCAAGGAUCAGGAUUUGCAGCUCAGCUAUAUAAACCCAGCAGAAUCUGGCUGCUGUGACCAGUUUGCCUUGCUGUCAAAGCUCGCUGCCUUGCGCUCGCACACGGCACCGGACAACGCAACUUCGCCGAGUUUUGACAGGACGGCAACAAAGUCAGGAGAGCCCAGCUGGCUUUGACCACCGUAUUUAUUUCAUGGAGGCUGCUCACAGCAGGAUCUAAGCUCUGUCAGAGUCUCUAAGGGAAAAAACGCACCAGGAAAGAAAAGGAUCUCCAGUUUGGUUUGGCUUAGCUCUCCAAUUUUUGCUGCAGAUUACAAAGGCCAAGGAAACCUAAGACUCUUUCAGGCUCAAAAGGGAACUGGGCACCACAAUGGGACUCCCCAGCUGGGUCUUGGCCUGUGUCAUCCUCACUUUGCUGUCCCAGCACGUCACUGGGGGACUCAUCAAAAGAAUUAUCCGGCAGAAGAGGGAGACUGGGCUGAAUGUGACCUUGCCAGAGGAUAACCAGCCUGUGGUUUUCAACCAUGUCUACAACAUCAAGCUGCCCGUUGGCUCCCUCUGCUCCGUGGACCUGGACACGGCGAGCGGCGACGCUGACCUGAAGGCGGAAAUUGAGCCUGUCAAGAACUACGAGGAGCACACGGUGAAUGAGGGGAACCAGAUUGUCUUCACUCACAGGAUUAACAUUCCCCGCCGGGCUUGUGGCUGUGCAGCUGCCCCAGACAUUAAGGAUCUGCUGAGCAGACUAGAGGAGCUGGAGGGGCUGGUCUCCUCCCUGCGGGAGCAGUGUGCCAGCGGGGCUGGAUGCUGUCCUAAUUCCCAGGCAGCAGAAGGUCGCCUGGACACCACACCCUAUUGCAGCGGGCACGGCAACUACAGCAUCGAGAUCUGCGGCUGCAUCUGCGAGCCCGGCUGGAAGGGCCCCAACUGCAGCCAGGCCUCGUGUCCCUCCGACUGCAACGACCAAGGCAAGUGCGUGGACGGGCUGUGCGUGUGCUUCGAGGGCUACACGGGCCCGGACUGCAGCCAGGAGCUCUGCGCCCAGGGCUGCGGCGCCCACGGGCGCUGCGUGGGAGGGCAAUGCCUGUGCCACGAGGGCUUUGUGGGUGACGACUGCAGCGUGCCCCUGUGCCCCCACAACUGCCACGGCCGCGGGCGCUGCGUGGACAGCGAGUGCGUGUGCGAUGAGGGCUACACCGGUGAGGACUGCAGCGAGCUCAUCUGCCCCAACGACUGCUUCGACCGCGGGCGCUGCGUGAACGGCACCUGCUUCUGCGAGGAGGGCUUCACCGGCGAGGACUGCGGGGAGCUCACCUGCCCCAACGACUGCCACGGCAACGGGCGCUGCGAGAACGGGCUGUGCGUGUGCUACGAGGGCUUCGUGGGCGACGACUGCAGCGAGAGGAGGUGCCCCAACGACUGCCACAACCGCGGGCGCUGUGUGGGCGGGCGCUGCGUGUGCCAUGAGGGGUACCUGGGUGAGGACUGUGCCGAGCUGCGGUGCCCCAACGACUGCAACAACCGUGGGCACUGCGAGAACGGGCAGUGUGUGUGCCACGAGGGGUUCAUCGGGGAGGACUGCGGGGAGCUGCGCUGCCCCAACGACUGCCACAACCGCGGGCGCUGCGAGAACGGGCAGUGCGUGUGCCAUGAGGGCUUCACCGGGGAUGACUGCGGCCAGCUGCGGUGUCCCAGCGACUGCCACAACCGCGGGCUGUGUGUCAAUGGGCAGUGCGUGUGCGAUGAGGGGUACACAGGUGAGGACUGCGCCGAGCUGCGCUGCCCCAAUGACUGCCACAACCGCGGGCGCUGCGUGGAGGGGCACUGCGAAUGUGACAACGGCUUCAUGGGCGAUGACUGCGGCGAGCUGGCCUGCCCCAACAACUGCCACGGGCGUGGGCGCUGCGAGAACGGGCGCUGCGUGUGCCACGAGGGCUUCGUGGGCGAGGACUGCCGGGAACGCUCCUGCCCCAACGACUGCAACAACGCGGGGCGCUGCGUGGACGGGCGCUGUGUCUGCGAGGAUGGCUACAUCGGGGAUGACUGCUCCGAUGUGUCUCCUCCAACUGAGCUGACUGUGACCAACGUGACAGAUAAAACUGUCAAUCUGGAGUGGAAGCACGAGAACCUGGUCAACGAGUACCUCAUCACCUACGUCCCCACCAGCAGUGGGGGCUUGGACAUGCAGUUCACCGUGCCAGGAAACCACACAGCUGCCACCAUCCACGAGCUGGAGCCGGGGGUGGAGUACUUUAUCCGUGUCUUUGCAAUCCUGAAAAACAAGAAGAGUAUUCCAGUCAGUGCCAGGGUAGCCACAUAUCUGCCUGCUCCAGAAGGUCUGAGAUUCAAAUCUGUUCGGGAAACAUCUGUCCAGGUGGAGUGGGACCCUCUGAACUUCUCUUUUGAUGGCUGGGAGCUGGUCUUCCAUAACAUGAAAAAGGAUGAUAAUGGUGACAUAACCAGCAGCUUGAAAAGGCCAGAGACAUCCUACAUGCAGCCAGGUUUGGCACCUGGGCAGCAGUACAAUGUGUCCAUCCAUAUAGUGAAGAACAACACCAGAGGACCAGGACUGUCCAAAGUCAUCACCACAAAGCUUGAUGCCCCCAGCCAGGUGGAGGCCAAAGAUGUCACCGACACCACGGCUCUCAUCACGUGGUCCAAACCCUUGGCUGAAGUUGAAGGUGUGGAGCUCACGUAUGGCCCCAAGGACAUUCCAGGGGACAGGACAACCAUUGACCUCUCUGAAGAUGAGAACCAAUAUUCCAUUGGCAACCUGAGGCCACACACAGAGUACGAGGUGACGCUCGUCUCUCGUCGAGGGGACAUGGAAAGCGACCCUGUGAAGGAAAUCUUUGUCACAGACCUGGAUGCUCCAAGGAACCUGAAGCGGGUGUCCCAGACUGACAGCAGCAUCACGCUGGAGUGGAAGAACAGCCACGCCAAUGUCGAUAAUUACCGAAUUAAGUUUGCCCCCAUCUCUGGUGGGGACCACAUGGAGAUCACAGUGCCCAAGGGCAACCAGGCCACAACCAGAGCUACACUCACAGGUUUGAGGCCUGGAACUGAAUAUGGCAUUGGAGUGACAGCAGUGAGGAACGACAGGGAAAGUGCUCCUGCUACCAUCAAUGCUGGCACUGAUCUUGAUAACCCCAAGGACUUGGAAGUCAGCGAGCCCACUGAGACCACCUUGUCCCUGCGCUGGAGAAGGCCGGUGGCCAAGUUUGACCACUACCGCCUGGUUUCCACCAGUCCCUCCGGGAAGAAGAGCGAGGUGGAGAUCCCUGUGGACAGCACCUCCUUCCUGCUGCGGGGGCUGGAGCCAGGCACCGAGUACACCAUCAGCCUGCUGGCAGAGAAGGGACGGCACAAAAGCAAACCCACCACUGUCAAGGGCUCCACGGAGGAGGAACCUGAGCUGGGGGAAUUAUCAGUGUCAGAGCCUGGCUGGGAUGGUUUCCAGCUCACCUGGACAGCAGCUGACGGCGCCUAUGAGAACUUUGUCCUCCAGGUGCAGGAGUCUGGCAAGCCUGAGGAGACCCGAAAUGUCACAGUCCCGGGGACACUGAGCUCUGUGAAUGUCACCGGCCUCAAGGCCAACACUUCUUACACCAUCACCCUUCAGGGGGUCACUCGGGGCUACAGGAGCAAGCCCCUUUCUCUUGAGACUGCCACAGGAGAGCAGCCCGGCAUUGCAGAGCUCACGGUUUCCGACAUUACUCCCGAAAGUUUCAACCUCUCCUGGACAGCCUCCAACGGGGACUUCGAUGCCUUUACCAUUGAAAUUAUUGAUUCUAACAGGUUGCUGGAGCCCAUGGAGUUCAACCUCUCAGGCAACUCAAGGACUGCUCAUAUCUCAGGGCUUUCUCCCAGCACUGAUUUCAUUGUCUACCUCUCCGGGAUCUCUCGCGGGUUCCGCACACAGGCAAUCAGUGCUGCAGCUACCACAGUAGAGGAACUACUCCUUAGCAAACUCAGUGUAUCAAACGCUACCUCAGACAGCCUGUCACUCACCUGGGAGGCACAGGACAAGGCCUUUGACCACUUUAUUCUGGAAGUCAGGAACUCUGACUUCCCCUUGGACUCCCUGGUGCUCACAAUGCCAGGGGACUCUCGGCACUCUGUAGUGACCAACCUCAAAGCUGCCACUAAUUACACAGUCCAGCUCCAUGGGGUAAUUGAUGGGCAAGGUGGGCAGACCUUGACAGCCAUGGCAACCACAGAGGCUGAGCCACAGCUGGGCACACUCACCCUCACAAACGUUACCCCUGACAGCUUCAACCUGUCCUGGACCACUCAAGACGGGCCCUUUGCCACGUUUGUUAUCAAAAUCCAAGAUUCCCUGGCGGCACAGGAAGCCCAGGAGCUGACAGUGCCAGGGGGCACGCGCAGCGCCCACAUCUCAGGCCUCACAGAUCACACUGCCUAUGACAUUCACAUUCGGGGCACCACCAGGGCAGGUGUCCCCACAGAGCCCCUCACUGCUUUUGUCACCACAGAGGCCAUGCCCCCACUGGAAAACCUAACAGUGUCUGACAUGAACCCCUAUGGGUUCACAGUGUCCUGGAUGGCAUCGGAGAAUGCCUUUGACAACUUUCUAGUAGUCGUGGUGGAUUCUGGCAAGCUGCUGGACCCACAAGAGUUCCUCCUUUCGGGAGCCCAGAGAGAGCUGAAGCUUAAAGGCCUAAUUACUGGCAUUGGCUAUGAGGUUUUGCUUUAUGGGUUUGCCAAGGGGCACCAAACAAAGCCCCUGAGCGCUCUGGCUGUUACAGAAGCAGAGCCCGAGGUGGACAACCUUCUGGUUUCAGACGCAACCCCAGAUGGAUUCCGUCUCUCCUGGACUGCAGAUGAUGGGGUUUUCAACAGUUUUGUUCUAAAAAUCAGGGACACCAAAAGGAAAUCUGACCCCCUGGAGCUGAUAGUGCCAGGCCAUGAGCGCACCCAGGAUAUAACAGGGCUGAAAGAGGGCACUGAAUAUGAGAUUGAGCUCUAUGGAAUUGGCAGUGGACAACGUUCCCAGCCCGUAAACACAGUAGCAUCCACAGCGGUUGGCUCUCCCAAGGGAAUUUCUUUCUCUGACAUCACGGAAAAUGCUGCCACAGUCAGCUGGACCCCGCCUCGCUCCCGCGUGGAAAACUUCCGCAUCUCCUACGUCCCCGUCACGGGAGGUACCCCAAAUGUUGUCACAGUCGAAGGGAGCAAGACAAGGACCAAGCUGGUGAAGCUGGUCCCAGGUGUGGACUACAAUGUCAGCGUCAUCUCUGUGAAAGGCUUUGAAGAAAGCGAGCCCGUCUCUGGCAUCCUGAAAACAGCUCUGGACAGCCCAUCAGGCCUGGUAGUGGUGAACAUCACAGACUCUGAGGCUCUGGCAACCUGGCAGCCAGCAAUUGCUGCUGUGGAUAACUACGUGGUGUCCUACUCAUCUGAGAAAGAGCCAGAAGUGACGCAGCUGGUCUCAGGGAACACGGUGGAGUAUGACCUGAAGGGGCUGCAGCCUGCCACGGAGUACACGCUGAGCGUCCGCGCGCAGAAGGACGCGCAGAGCAGCGAGACCCUCUCCACCCACUUCACCACAGGGCUGGAUGCUCCAAGGGAUUUGAGUGCCACUGAGGUGCAGUCAGAAGCAGCUGUGAUAAGCUGGAGGCCUCCCCGAGCUCCAGUCACUGGAUAUCUCCUGAUCUAUGAAUCCAUUGAUGGCAGAGUCAAGGAAGUCAUCCUAAACCCCGAGACAACUUCCUACAGCCUGACAGAGCUGAGCCCCUCCACACAGUACACGGUGAAACUGCAGGCCCUGAGUGGGGCCCUGAGGAGUAAAACCAUCCAGAUCAUUUUCACCACCACUGGGCUCCUCUAUCCCUACCCCAAGGACUGCUCCCAGGCCCUGCUGAAUGGAGAAGCCACCUCUGGGCUCUACACGAUUUACCUGAACGGGGACAAGGCUCAGCCUCUGCAGGUGUUCUGUGACAUGGGCGAGGACGGCGGCGGCUGGAUCGUGUUCCUGAGGCGUCAGAAUGGGAAGCAAGAUUUCUACAAGAACUGGAAUACUUAUGUGGCAGGAUUUGGAGAUCCUAAGGAGGAAUUCUGGAUAGGUCUGGAGAACCUGCACAAAAUCACUUCUCAGGGCCAGUACGAGCUGCGAGUGGACCUGAGGGACAAGGGGGACACGGCCUACGCUGUGUACGACCGCUUCAGCGUGGGCGACGCCAAGAGCCGCUACCGCCUGCGCGUGGAUGGCUACAGCGGCACAGCAGGUGACUCCAUGACCUACCACAAUGGAAGGUCCUUCUCCACCUUUGACAAGGACCACGAUUCUGCCAUCACCAACUGUGCUCUGUCAUACAAAGGAGCCUUCUGGUACAAGAACUGUCACCGAGUCAACCUGAUGGGCAGAUAUGGUGACAACAACCACAGUCAGGGCGUCAACUGGUUCCACUGGAAGGGCCACGAGUAUUCCAUCCAGUUUGCAGAGAUGAAGCUGAGACCCUCCAGCUUCCGGAACCUGGAGGGGCGUCGGAAGCGAGCGUAGAGCCCCAGGGGCUGCGGGCAGGGCUGGGGAGGGGAUGGAGAGGGGGGUGUGGGGAGACCCUCUGGCAUCGCUGGCCUGGGGGUGUGAGGAGCUGGGACUGGCACCAAAGCACCGGUGAGCUGUGGCCCGGCAGAGGCUUUGCAGCAUUCCAAACAACAAAAAAAAAAGCCUUAAAGCAUCCCAGAGCUUCCAGCAGAGCAGCUCCAGCUGCCCACCAGGAACGUCCUCCACACCAAAGACAACGAUCUCAAGGGUUCUGUGUUGUUUUUUUAAUUUUUUUUUAAAUUUUUUUGCCCGAAAACGUCUGGGAUAAAGUUCUUCCGACAUCUGAUGAUCUCUUGGGUGGCCCAGGGAACGGGAGGGAGAACAGCUUUGUACAUUGGUAGUUUGUUUUAGAACCAGCCAUAUUUUACACACAGAAAUGUGUAAGAUUAAUUGUUGUUAUUAUUAUUAUUAUUAUUAUUAUUAGCUAUAAGUGAAAAUAAUUGGUGGUUUGAAUGCCUUUUUAUAUAUAUAUCAAGUACCACAGAGAAGGAGGGAAUGGGAAGGGAAAGCAGUAUGUUUUUAAAGUUAAGCAUAAGAUUAAUAUUAUUAAUAUAAAGACAAAGUAAUAAUAAUAAUAAUGAUAAUAAUAAUAAGCAAAAUUUUGUCAUUUUUAAGAGAACCAUGCUUUUGGAAACACAGCAGGACAGUGACUGAUUGUAAAUUUUUUUUUAUAAAUAAAAGCACAAUUACUUUUAAAUAAAUUUCUACCUUUUUUUUUUCAUUCAUGUGGAGUUUGUGCAUGUCCAGGAUAUAUUUACUUAGAUGGGGAAAUAAAGACAGACAGAUGAAUUAGGCUGCUGAGACCCUAUUGAAAACUGUUCCUUUUGUCAGUGACUGGUUGUAAUUAUUUUGGUGGGUUUGUUACAGUGAAAUGCCCAUGAAGAUUUGGGUUCUUUCAGAAUAUAAAUUUUUUUCCUGCCCAAAAGCUUCUUCCAUGUUUUUCUAAGUGUUACUGACCAAUGCUUGCUCCAUCUAGGUGGGAAUAACUAACAAAGCAAAACGAAGAGAACCCAGAGUUGUUGUUAGGUACCAUGGGCAGUUUGAACACUUGUGUAAAUAAAGGGCUCUCUUUUUUUUUUUCUAUGAAUGAAAAUCCAUGUAGUUCCUCUGUAUCACACUCUGCAGUUCAAGACAAUAAAAGAUCUCUUGUUUUAA